AUGAAGAACAAAUUUGUGGACACAUCUGUCCAGAAAGCUGGGGUUCCCGGUUUCCCUGGGUGCUUGGAACAUGUCCAUAUGAUCUGGGAGUCAAUCCAGAGCUGCAAACGGGAAAAGAAGGAUGUGGAUGUCAUAUUGUUGGAUUUGGCAAAUGCUUAUGGGUCAGUACCGCACAGGUACCUUAGCUUAGCUCUGGAUUUUUUCUGGGUACCGAAAGUGAUCCAGGAGUUGGUGCAGAGCUAUUACAGUCAGUUCAAGAUGAGAUUCACGACCCGGACUUACACGACGGAGUGGCAGGCAUUGGAAGUUGGUAUCCCGAUAGGAUGUCCAGUAUCGCCGCUGCUGUUCGUCCUUGGAAUGGAGGUGUUGACCCGCCGCGUGUCCUCAGAGAUUGAGGGGUUGACGCUGGCUGGAGAGGUUGUUGUUCCCUCUGUCAGGGCAUUUAUGGAUGACCUGACGAUUGUGUCGAGUAACGAGUCCCAGGUUGACAAAGGCCUCCGUAGACUUGAGGAGAUGGUAGGUUGGACUAGGAUGAGGUUCAAGGCUAAGAAGAGUCGGUCAGUGUCGUUGAGGAAGGGCAAGGUGGUUGAGAAGAGGUUUUGUAUUGGAAACGAGGAUAUACCUCAGGUUUCUGAGAAAGGGGUGAAGAGUUUGGGACGUUGGUAUGAGGACAAGUUGAAUGACAGGCAUCGAGGGAUGCAGAUCUAUGACAAAGUGGUAGAGUGGUUGAAGAAGGUGGAUAGGACGUUGAUCCCAGGGAAUGCAAAGGUGUGGUGCUGCCAAUAUGGGCUGCUGCCACGGAUCAUGUGGCAACUGCAGGUGUAUGAGGUGGCAGUUUCUAGAGUUGAGAGGAUGCAGCAGAAGAUGAACUCGUUCUACCGGAAGUGGUUAGGUGUUCCACGGAUGGUGACAGAUUUGGCAUUCUAUUGUAGAUCUGGAAAGCUAAGGCUUCCUAUGGCAUCAGUGGUAGAAGAGUACAAGGCUGGGAAGGUUAGGUUGGUCAUGAUGAUGAGGGAGUCAAAGGAUCAGACAAUAGCGGAUUCUCGGCCACCGAUCCGUACAGGAAGUGGAAGGCAGAAGAGGCUACGGAUGAAGCUGUGGCAAUGGCCAAGUGGAAGGAGAUGCGUGGUGCUGUCCAAGUGGGUAGGAGCGGGGUAG